GGGGCUUGUAACGUUGUCGCGUUUUUAUUCAGCUCUCAUCACCCGACACUAUACAAUGGCUCGUGGCUGUUGAAAUUUCCUGCAGCCAAGAGGAAUCGUAAACAUUGGGAGCACCAAAAACGACAAGGGAUUCUCUUUGUGAAACAUCCAACAAACAAACAAACAUAAAAGAAAAACAAAAAAAUAAAAACAGUGUGACAACAUUCGAUCAUGCCGCGGUUGAAUCAACCUUUGUCCAUGAGGAAAUGGGCAUUGCAAAGCUUGGCUCAGCAUUUCCCAGUCGUUUGUUAUGGAACUACACCGACACAUACACUCGGCGACCUGAUCGAAGAUGGAAGCUAUUUGAACAUUAAAGGGCCUUUUACCCAAUGGCCGUCCGAUUUACUUGAAGAAAUGCUCCAAACAGUUGCCCAGCAGCGUCCCCUAGGCCGGGCUUACCUCCAUCAUUUGAUUCAACCACAUCUGGAGAGCUUCAAUUUGGCGUCGGGUAUCGGAGAUGUCUAUUUCGCCAUCCAAUUCCUCGGUGAUCGUUGCCAAAAUCUACAGCGUUUGGAUUUAUCGUACAUUUCGUAUUUGGGGCCUGAUCUACUCUGUCGGCUUGUGGCCAAACUUCCGUUUCUCAAGUACAUCAACUUUCAGAUGACACCAAUCAACGAUCAAGUUUUAGGUCAAAUUGGUGAAACAUGCCGCCAACUACGCAUUUUAAAUGUCUCGUCCACUCCCGUUUCGGAUCGCGGUCUGGAGUUGCUGAGCCGGAAAACGGAAGAGGACGGCCUUCCUUCCCAGCUGACGCGGCUCCUCGUGACGGACACUUAUGUUAGCCAUUAUGGUAUCGCCACAGCUUUGAGGACGAUGCCACAACUACGCCAGGUGGAAUACGAAUUUAUUUACCAAGUAUUUGAUCAUUUGACUGAGUUGGGAGGUGACGAAAGAGCAUUGGAGGAGUUAAUUGAUGAAUCGAAUGGCUGCCCACCAUAUCGCCUGAUCAGUCUCAAGUCAAGCGAUCCAUUAAGCACGUCCGAAAAUCUAGUCACAGCUCUUCAUCUGUGUCCGGAAUUGCAGUCGGUUGCCCUGACAUCCAGCCCAUCUUUUCAAGAAUCGGCUCUAUGGAAUCUCAACCGAUUGAGCCGAUUGUGUGAUCUGUCGUUAGCCAAUGGCCCAUCGGCUUAUUCGAUGGAUUUCUAUACGAGCAUCGUCCCCGUACUUCAAGCUGUUGGACAUCAACUGAACAAUCUCAUUCUGACUCGAUUCACAUGUGUCGACAUCCAGGUUAUCGGAAUGGCUUGUCUGGGACUAAAAAAUCUGGCCCUAUCGGAAAUUUGCCAUUUUGCGCCAGUGGAUUCGAUCCAACCGGAACUCUACACUCAGUUGGAAGCAUUGGAAUUGUGGGCCUUAGCUGGCGCUCAGCUUCCAACUUUCGUCAUCAAGCAACUAACGACUCCGUGCCGGCGUGUUCAAAAUUUACUCUUCCGUAACUGCGACGUUCUAACUGACCAGUUAUUCAACGAACUGUGGACGGUCAAUCCGAUGACGUCCUUAUCGCACGCUACAUUCGACGUUUGUCGCAACAUUUCGCUGACGUUGCUGGUUGAGCUUCUGCAAAGAGACAGUGACCUUAAUUUGCUUCGUUUGUGGAACUGCCCACAGUUGGAUCAAGAUGAUUACGCGCUGAUGCUGGCCACAGUCAAGAGCACCAACAUGGACGUCUACAUCGACUGGUAUCCUUAUGACGCUGAACUGAUGUAAACACAAAAAGUUAUUAAUGUACCCUAUCAUCUUCGUCGUCUUCUAGUCAUGUCUUUAUUUUUGUUCUUCCGAUGGACGAAUUGUAAAGCCAAAUUGUUUUGGUUUUAAAGAUCAGAAAAUUUUCUGAAAAAUAAAAAUAAAAUUACGUUAAAUUUUC